CGGACCACGUGACCGGACAUCUCCUGUGUACAUCAAUACAUGAACAUGUUGCCGAAACGUCGCUAAGAUAAAAAUCCGCAGUUGUCAGCGGCAAACGGGUUCCACUACAGGUGGACACUUGUCGGAGGCAGAGAUGCGGCGUCGGGGCUGUGUGCAGCACAAGGUACCGUGUGUCUUUGUGACGGAGGUGAAGGAAGAACAGUCCAGAAAAAGAGAGUGUCAGCAAUUUCAGGUAGUCGCCACUCCACGUGUGAACCCUGUGGCUUUGGAGGCCAAUGUCGAUGGUGCACUUGCCACAGAAAAGAUGGAUGGCACCUGCUGUUAUGUUACACUUUAUAAAGGGAAGCCGUACCUCUGGGCUCGACUUGACAGAAAGCCUAACAAACAAGCAGAGAAGAGGUUUAAAAAGUACCAGCACUCUCACAGGACCUGUAAAGGUUUCCCAUGGAACGUAGAGGAAGACUUUAAGAUGGUGCCAGAGACGUGGAUCCCAGCUCACAGGGUCAAACACCACAAUGGCCAUCCCAUGCCUGAUGAACUCGGUCACAUCCCAGGCUGGGUGCCGGUGGAGAACAACAACAAACAGUACUGUUGGCACUCCUCUGUGGUGGACUACGGAUCUGGUGCUGCCCUUGUUCUCAGGCCUAACGCAGAUGAUGAAGACAUGCUGGAUAUUGCAGAUGUUCCACUGGCUGACCUCAUGGAGCAGACCCUGGAGCUCAUAGGAACCAAUGUCAACGGGAAUCCUUAUGGACUGGGGAGUAAGAAGCAGCCCAUUCACUGCCUGGUGUCACACGGGAGCAUUCAAAUCAGGAACCCUCCACCAGUGGACUUCCAGCAGCUGUGCUCUUGGUUCCAUCAGAGUCAAGAGGGCCGAGUCGAGGGCAUCGUCUGGCACUGUGACGACGGCACGCUCAUCAAAGUCCAUCGUCAUCACUUGGGACUGACGUGGCCAGACGGGGGAUCGUACCUUGGCGACAGGUCCGUGGUCGUUCGUGUCGACUGGACUGGCGACGAGUGCAACAGCAGCAAAGACCUGUUCAUGUCUUUGUCCAACCUGAAUGGACACACCUUCAGCCGGCUUCAGGACAUCCAGUUUGAACCUUAAAGGUGUGCCAAGAUGAAACGUUCCCUUUGCCGAAGUCUCUCCUGGAAACCCUGUGAGGAUGUGUCCCUUCACUGAUAGUUUGAGCUGAAAUUCCAAACGAGUGGUGUGACACUGACUGUUUGAAGCUGUGGAAACCAGUGAAGUCCAAUUGUUUCAUGACAGAAUUUCCAUUUGAGUGAUAUCACAUUGAGGCAUGAGACAGUUUUCCCAUUUGCUUUGCAGUUAUUUUCAAAACUUUACAAAGGGAUAGUCCAGGCUUGUUAAAGUGUAAUUGUACAGUAAGGACACAAGAAAAAUGGAUUUUAACCAUGUAACACGAGGCUCACCUAUUACACUCUACAUCCGCUUAAGUCUAUUAUGAUUUGAGUUCAUAGGGCCUCAUUUUUUUAAGUUUGUGUCACUUGAAUAAACCUGAAUUGAGGUUUUCAAACAUAGAA